GAAACGAGUUUUUCCGGCGCUUACAUCCGGGUCCCUUGUCGCUGAGCGGGGUUUCCCGCCCUUUCUGUUGUGUGAGGAGUAAGGGCGCGGGGCGGGGAGCCAUGAAGUGUGUCAUUGGGGGGACGCACCUCAGAGUGUUUGGGAGAGCAGUGCACGCCAUCGCGCGGGUUAGUGACGAGUUCUGCUUUGAUCCCAUAGACAAAGGUCUUGCCUUAAGAUCAGUGAAUUCUUCUCGGUCAGCAUAUGCAUAUUUCUUCUUCUCGUCCAUGUUUUUUCAACAGUACUGCUGCACAGCUGCAUCUCGGCCGUGUCAGAAAGAACAACAGUUGUCACUUGCAUGUAAAUUGAUCAUUAAGUCAGUUCUUCCUAUAUUCAGAUGUGUAAAUGUGCUGGAAAGGCACGUGGAGAAAUGCAACAUUUACACUGAUGCUAAAGAUCAUCACAUAACCUUUCAGCUCCUCUGCAGAAAUGGUAUUGUAAAAACACAUAAUCUGGCUUUUCAAGAAUGUGAUCCAUUGCAGGCUGUUUUUGCAAAGCACAUGUGUCCAAACAUCCUUAGAGCCCACUCCAGGCUGCUGGCUGAUACAAUGGUUCACUUUCCAACAAGUCAAGAAGAAGUCACCUUAUCAGUUACACCAACCAGGGUUUGCUUCAAGAGUUACACUGAGGAAGACAUGGACUUUCCAAAGACAAUGGUUACUGAAAUACAACUGAAUCCAGAUGAAUUCGACUACUUUCAAGUUGGAGUCAAUUCUGAAGUGACGUUUUCCCUUAGAGAACUAAGAGGACUGCUAGCGUUUUCAGAAGCUACCAGCGUUCCUGUCUCAGUCCAUUUUGACAUGCCUGGGAAACCAGUUGCUUUCAGCGUUGAAGACAUGGUGCUGGAAGCCAGCUUUAUUUUGGCUACGCUGUCUGACAUCAGAAGUGAGAGGGCUUCCCAGGAGCCCAUGAGCUGCUCACAGAUGCAGGAAAGCUCAAAGAUACACGUGGACAAAUCUGAGAACCCCUCCACUGAUAAGGACAGCGAUGCCGAAGCAGUUGCUUCCAAAAAGCCACGAUGGAAUGGAGAUGCACAGAACGCAGCAUCGGGAGCACCUGCAAGUGCCUUGACAAAGCAGGAGGUUACAGCCAUAAUGAAAACAGAUGACCAAGCAGUGCUGGAAGCAGAGUCUCCUCAUCACAAGUUCCACUCGCUGUUCUUUGGAGCAGUUUCUUUUAAGGAGAAGGAUGCCAUCAACCCCGCCUUCCAUAGUUUAGCAACAGCUAGUGACACAGAAGAGGAUUUUGGCAAGACGCAGAGCUCACAAGUUCUCUAGUAACGUGGAGUGUAUGAAUCUAAGACUAACGUGGGCUGCCCUGAAAGCUAAGUGUGUAUUUGGCAUGGUAUAGAGCUGUUUCUAGCUUUAGAAAGUUUAAUUCUGUUAUGAAAGCAUCCUGAAGUUCUUAAGCAAGUUAGACCUCAAUGGAAACUAACUGUACUUGUACUGUGAUCAUUCUAACACUGAGGAUGCUGCCCUAAUACAAAGUUAGGUUGUUUAGUUUUGUAUAUUUUGUUGAUACACUGCUUUGUAUGUCCAGCUCUCCAGUCUCACAAGAGAAUCAGAACCGAGUCGGAGCUUCACACAAAGGAAGCUGCUCAUGUAAAGUUACAAACACUGCAAUAAACCACCCACUCUGGUAUAGCUGAAUUAUUGCCUAUAUGAUUGUUGGUAUUAUGACAGAAACUUGGUAGAACUAGUACUUGCUGAAAAGAAGUUGGCAUAAAAGUGCAUUUGAAAAAUAAAAAACGAUGUGAUAACUGA